GCCUACGGUGUUAUUUAUCUGUGAGCUGCUCAGCCUGCUGUGUCAAUCUCUUACUAAAACUAGUGUAGGUCGCAAAGUUGGGGAAAAGGACGGUACGUUUUAACGAUUUUUCCUUGUUAAGUUCCUGUAAAAAAGGAUGGUCGAUCUCGACGUUGUUUUAGUUAAGAUAGUCACGUUUAGUCAUGGCUUCCAAACGUAUAACCCAGGAUACAUUUGAUGCUGUUGUGAAGGAGAAUAUGGAUGAAUUUGAGAUGAGUGCAGAAGAGGCUUUAGCAGAUUCUAUUCAGCAGUUUGAAUCUCAGGGCAUCAACCUUGCCAACAUCAUCAAAGAGGUGCAUAUCGGAGAAGAAUCUGGCGAACCAGCUAAGCAUCCUGUGAAUGUUGCCCUGGAUGGAUUGACAGAGGGAAUUAAGAACAUAACAUCUGGGGCUGAGGGGAUGGAGGUACAAGAGGCUAUCAUAUCACACCUUGAAGUCUUCAAGACAGAGUGUGAUAAAGAUUUAGCACACCGAAUGCAAGCUGCCAGUAAUGAAGCAUUCCCUACCUUGCUGCUUCUGGCUCAAAGUCGAUUAGCAAAGACAGAUGACAAGUUCCAAUGCAAAGCUUUUGAGAGCCUGUGCUCAUUGUUAAAUGGACAACCUGAUCUUAUGACGGCAGAUGGUAUGGACUUCUUACUUGAAACUGUGAAGACUUCAACAAGUAAUGAAGGGGAUAGUCAUCCUCUGAAUUUUGCCCUCACCAUCAAAGCAAUUAGAUUUAGUUGCAUCAAACAUGAGACAAACAGGCAGGCAUAUGUGAAAAGGGGCCUUAUCAAGACACUGAUCAAUAUCUUAGGAAACACAAAGAAUGAUGUGAAGGUCAUACGAGAAGUAGACGCCACAUUCCGUGCCCUGGUUGUUGAUGAUGACGUCAGGGUACCUUUUGGGAAAGCCCAUGACCAUGCUAAGCUUAUCGUUGAAAGUGGGGCAUUGAAGCUGCUUCUUGAAGUCAUGCAGAGUUGCAUGCACGAUCAGGCUGCUGUAGGUGACCUCAGUUCGACCUUAGGACGUCUCUCAGUCAGGAAUGAGUUCUGCCAAGAGAUUGUCAAUCUAGGAGGUUUGAAGUCAGUCUUGAAGGUGUUGGGUGAUGAUCUAGCUAGCCAGGUGGUCGUGAGACAGCUUCUUGAACUACUCAAGGCAAUAGCUGGUAAUGAUGAGGUCAAGAUUGCCAUAGUCAAUGCAGGAGGUAUCCGUACUAUCCUGGGAGCCAUGUCAAGAUACGUACGAGCACCUCAGGUUUGUCAGGCUGGAUGUGGAGCUGUGGCAGCCAUUGUUCUUCGUAAACCAAUCAACUGCCAAGCAGUAAUGGAUGCUGAAGGUGCCAAACUUUUUGUUCAGAUUCUUACCAUACAUUCUGAUGAAGCUAAAGUUCAGACACAAGCCUGUAUGGCAGUGAGGAAUCUAGUCGCUAGGACCCGUGAGCACAAGGAGCCAUUUAUACAGCUUGGGAUUGAGGGUCUUCUCAGAGAUGCUGCAAAGCACUGUCCUGAUGAAUCUAAGGCUGCGCUAAGAGACUUAGACCUCAAAGUGGAACUACGAGAGCUGUGGAAGGGAGAAAAGACCCCCAUUACCAACUAGAAGCUGAAAUUAUUGUCAAAGUAAUUCUGUGUAUUUUCAUGUUAUAUUAUGUCUUAAAUGCCCUUCGCCAGCAACCUAUAAAGCUUUGUCAACUUUUUUCGCAAGAAAGGAAUUUUGGUAUUUAAAUUCACCUCUUCAUUUCCUCAGAUAGUAUUAUAGAAGAGUCUUAUUAUAUAAGAGUGUUACCUUGCUAUUCAUGCAUUCGAUACAUUUAUGCUAUAAUAAAAGGGUGUUUUGCAACAUUUAUAACUCUUCAA